GAGAAAACUAAAUAUUUGUACUGAUGGAAAGGUCUUUAUGGUUUUAAAUUAGUACUAAAGACUGGCACCCAGACCCAGUGAAGUUUCUUUCGAACGAUACGUUAGUUUCGCGUAGCUACCCUUCUCGUGAUUGACUCUAGCAAAAAAAAAAUGUUUUUACGGCCCUUUGUGGUCGCCAUGUGAAGUGUGUGAACUCUUGUUAGUUACUGGCGCCAAGACCGGGAGCCGCAUGACAGCAGCGUCCAUUCUGAGGAAGAAAACGGAGCUACUAAAUAAACAUGUUUGUGGCUCGUAGCAUUGCAGCAGAUCACAAAGAUCUAAUCCACGAUGUUUCCUAUGAUUUUCACGGCCGGAGAAUGGCAACUUGUUCAAGUGACCAAAGUGUCAAGGUUUGGGACAAGAGUGAAAGUGGGGAGUGGCACUGCACUGCCAGCUGGAAGACACACAGCGGGUCAGUAUGGAGGGUGACAUGGGCCCACCCUGAGUUUGGACAGGUGCUGGCCUCCUGCUCCUUUGACCGAACAGCUGCUGUGUGGGAGGAGAUAGUUGGGGAGUCAAACGACAAACAGAGGGGGCAGAGCCACUGGAUAAAGAGGACGACUCUGGUGGACAGCAGGACGUCGGUGACGGAUGUGAAGUUUGCUCCUAAACACAUGGGUCUGAUGCUGACGACGUGCUCAGCAGACGGGGUGGUGAGGAUCUACGAGGCUCCAGACGUGAUGAACCUCAGCCAGUGGUCCCUGCAGCACGAGAUCUCCUGCAAACUCAGCUGCUCCUGUAUCUCCUGGAACCCCUCCAGCUCUCGUGCCCACCCGCCCAUGAUAGCAGUGGGAAGUGAUGACAGCAACGUGAUGUACGGUGGGAAGGUUCAGAUCUACGAGUACAACGAAAACACUAGGAAAUAUGCCAAAGCUGAGACAUUGAUGACGGUGACUGACGCGGUGCAUGACAUAGCCUUCGCCCCUAACCUGGGGCGGUCCUUCCACGUGCUCGCCAUAGCAACCAAAGACGUUCGGAUCUUUAAGUUGGUACCUUUGCGUAAGGAGAGCAGCUCAACAGGCCCUACUAAGUUUGAGGUUCAGAUCGUGGCCCAGUUUGACAACCACAACUCCCAGGUGUGGAGAGUCUCCUGGAACAUCACCAGCACCCUGCUGGCCUCCUCAGGAGACGACGGCUGUGUCCGACUCUGGAAAGCCAACUAUAUGGACAACUGGAAGUGUACAGGCAUCCUGAAGGGAGACGGUAGUCCUGUCAACGGGUCGUCAGGACAACCCAGUGCCAUGAAUACCGUGGUGGGGUCGACUGUCCAGACCUCCCAGAGUGCACUGAACGGCUCUGCUGCAGGAAGGACUCGUCCCUGUGUGGUCUAUUGGACGUGAUGGAUGCUGCUUGAUGCAUGCACACAGGAACGGCAAGAGAACCCCCUUUAGCCCUCGCCUGCGAAGCCUGACUGCCCCCAACACACUCCACCAGCCUGCAUACUAUUAAUCUAAAGCCCAUUGACCAGCAAGCACCUCAAUUCUCUACAGUGUUUCCAUACGUGGACAAGGAUGCCACUGCUUCAGGAAUACUUGGUUCUAAUUGGUGGAGUGGGUGUUUUGAUUUAUUUGAGAUAACAGCACAGAUCGGUGAAACAUCUAAAUGAAUACCCUACCACAGUCUUCUGUUUUGUUCAUGUGUCUGUUAGUUCUGCUGAAUACAGUGUCUUCUGUUUUGUGUUCAUCAUGCUUCUGCACGUCUUACCCUCCCCUUUUACUGUUCUGUAUAGCUGCCAUAGCCUGUUCAUGAUUCCCCUUUUACUGUUCUUUAUAGCUGCCAUAGCCUGUUCUCGAUUCCCCUUUUACUGUUCUGUAUAGCUGCCAUAGCCUGUUCAUGAUUCCCCUUUUACUGUUCUGUAUAGCUGCCAUAGCCUGUUCACGAUUCCCCUUUUACUGUUCUGUAUAGCUGCCAUAGCCUGUUCACGAUUCCCCUUUUACUGUUCUGUAUAGCUGCCAUAGCCUGUUCACGAUUCCCCUUUUACUGUUCUGUGUAGCUGCCAUAGCCUGUUCUCGAUUCCCCUUUUACUGUUCUGUAUAGCUGCCAUAGCCUGUUCAUGAUUCCCCUUUUUCCUAUUUUAAUUCACUUCUCAUUUCUCUGUUUUUGUUUAUUUAUUUGUAUCCCAUUGUUGUCUGUUCCCUGUCUGUUCCCUGUUCCUGUCUUUCUGGUCCAUGUCUGUUUCCUGUUCCUGUCUGGU